AUGGCUCACGGAUUAGCGGAUAGUGAAAUGAAAAAAGAAUAUUUUGAUGAUCAACAAACAUUGGACGACAAGUUAGACAAAUUGGCUCAAUGGAUCAAAGAUAGUAAACAUUUCAUCGUAUUUACUGGAGCUGGGGUGUCAACCUCGACUGGUAUACCAGACUUCCGUAGUGCAAUGGACACCGUUCUACCAACUGGACCAGGUGCAUGGGAAUUACGAGAUAAUCAAGCAUCACGAUCAAAGAAAGCUGUUGUCGUUCGCGACAUGCACAAAGCUAUUCCAUCACCUACACAUAUGGCAUUGGUGGAGUUACAACGUCGUGGAAUAUUGAAAUGCUUAGUAUCCCAAAACUGUGAUGGUUUACAUUUACGCAGUGGCAUGAAUCCAAAGUAUUUAGCGGAAUUACAUGGAAAUAUGAACUUAGAAAUAUGUUCAAAAUGCGAUGCUAAAUAUCUGCGCGAUUAUGAUGCUGCUGCUGGGCGUCUUGAUCAUUUGACUGGACGUCGGUGCGAUAAACCUGAUUGUCGUGGAUAUUUAAAAGAUUCGAUCAUUAACUUUGGUGAAAAUUUACCUGAAGAAGAAAUUACAAAAGCAUUUACACAUGCAGAAAAGGCCGAUCUUUGUCUCGUCCUCGGUUCCAGUUUAACAGUCACACCUGCUGCAGAUGUUCCACGUCGAGUGGGCAAACGUAGCCAAAAAUUAGUGAUUGGCAAUCUUCAACGAACGCCGCUAUACUCGUUAGCGACAGUCAACAUACACGCAUUCAGUGACACUAUUAUGCAAGGCCUAAUGGAACGACUUGAAAUACCUAUUCCGCAGUGGAUUGUUCGACGACGUGUACGAGUUACACGUGAAACAAGUUCAGAUGGGCACAAUUAUGAGGUUUUAAUUGAAGGGCGUGAUCCUGACAAGCCUAAUAUACCAUUUAGUCUCUUCAAAGCUGUUGAAAUCAAAAGUGAUGGAAAGGAGAUGAAGCAAACCAUUCGUGAACCGUUCCUAUUUGAAUUGUCGAAAGAUAAGACUCAGCCAGUCAGCAUUCAACUACACUUCUUCGGUCACUAUAAUGAACUUCCAUUCGAUCUAAAAUACGAAGAUGCCAAACAUAUUCCUCACGAAGAUGAAUUCUAUUUAUUCUACAAUCCGAUGAUAGGACAAUGGAAGAAAACUAAGAAUCCCGAGGACUUUCCUCUCUAA